UCCCUCCCGUCCCCAACCGCCCUCGGAGCCCCGCUCGUGCUCCUUGGACCUUCGAGCCCCCCUGCCUCCCUCAGAGUGACUCGGGUCCUUUAUUCUCCCCUGGCAGAAGAAGCGCGCACCGAUCCUGGCCAGGGUCCUUCCUUCUUUCGAAGCAGAAACGGGUUGGGGGGAGGGUGUGCAUGCGCGCGCGUGUCGGUAUGCUACCAUUGUUGCCCACUGCCCCCGUCUGUCUCUUAUCUUCUUUUUUUAGAAACCGGGUAGGUUUUCUUGUCACGGGUCCUCCGAGAUGUUUUGGUUUUGGGUUUUUUUCGGCUCCUCUACCGCUAGUCCUCCAUGCGCCCUUUGUAAAAUGCUGUCUGGAUCCUUUGUUUACUACUCGCUCCUCAUCCAUCCCAAGUACUAUAAAUUUUCAUUUUCCUAGACGCAGAUUUCUCUCUCUCUCUCUCUGCCCCCCCCCCAAUGAUGACAGCAAUGUAUUCCUGCGUGUGCCUCCCAAUUAACACCCAACGCAACCCUUUCUGUUCACCGGGUUCUCUUCACUUGCUUGUUCCCCUUGGUGAUGUUCGCCUGUGACUAAAGGUGGCACUGAUCUGUAUGUACACGUAAGCCUUCUGAGUCCUGCUUAACUGCAGACUGAUAACAUAAGAUGUGUACUGUAUGUGGGAGCAAAAUGAAAAGGAUUCUCUGGCAGCAGUGUUUGAAGUCCUAGGCUGAAACAAACUUACCGGUAGAUUGCAGUCCUUUACUAGGGAGUUGCUUUGAAGUAAACUUCAUUAGGGCUACACUGCAUGUCUUCUGGUUGGAUCUAAAUCUUUGCUAGAUUAGGUUACUUAAUUCCUCAGCAGUGGUCUGGGUUGGAAAUGUAUUUCGUCGCAUAGGCCCAGAGCGCCUUUUUCAGGUGCUGAGACAUUAGAACAGCCUUCCCCAACAUCGGACCUUUCAGAGGUUGUUUGACUGCAACUCCCUUCAGCCCAAGCCAGCAUAAUUAAUGGUCAGGGAUGAUGCUAAUUGUAGUCCCACAAUUUGUGUAGGCACCUUGUUGGGAUAGCAAGUUUUAGAAUAUAUUUAGGGUAUUGUAAAUAAGUAGGAAGCACACACAUUUGGGCAAACAUGGGGCAUUGCAUACAAACCCCAUGUGUUUUAUUAGUACAGGAUAUUUUUGUUAUGUUUUGGAAACAGUUUUUUCAUGAGUGAAGCUGGAUAAAAAUUUCCCAUCCCAUUUGGGAGGGAUUCAAGUUGACCAUCUCUGAUCAGAUCAAGUAAGUGAGAUCGCUGUUUUAAUUCUUAAUGUUGUGUUCUGUGCUAGAUGCUGUAGUGAACACAUAGAAGUGGCAUAGUUCUUGUCCAGAGGUCUUAGUUUUGUUUCUGGUCACUUUACAGGUCCUAACAGAAAUAAUUCUCAAAACAAUGAAUAUUUCUUUUGUGAGUUUUUAACUUGAGGGGUUUCUGUAAAUUUGUAGAACUUGAAUUUUAGCAUUAUUCUCAGUUCUGUUCCAAGGUAAUGUAGAGUGCUUUCUGAGUUUUUAUCUUGAAACUACUCUAUCCUGGUCUGUUCUCUUUUGAAAUGGAAGAGUACUGUAGUUAUAAUAGUGAUAGCUGUAGUUAUAAUUAUUUAAGUGGCAUGCUUAGAAAUAAGUGUGUGGGAUAGUAGAAAUAGCUUUAGUACUUUGAAUCCUUGAAUUAAGUCUGGCAUUUAGGUUUUGGUUAUCCGAAGAGGUAUCUGUGUAAUCUUGGACAUACCUGAUUUUUUUUUUUUGUGUGUGUGUGUGUGUGUGUGGCUGCACAUUGCACCUUUAUAGAGUUGUGUAGACAAUUGAAAUAGGUCUCUGUUUCCCAAGGAUUAUAAAAUCGAAAAUAGAGGGGGAAAGCAGUGGGGGAAUGUGGACAGAUACCAUUAAUCCAUCUGUAAAAACAAAGACACCCCCCUUUUAACCUUAAGAGGAACAUGGAGCUUGUAAAACACAUUGACAUCUUUGAGUAACAAGCAUUGUGUAUGAUGUAGUGAAAUGUGUGACAGAACAAUGCUGAUGGCUUCCAAGUUUUCAAGGGCUAGAUAAAAAAAAAACUAUCAUAGCUUUGAGUAGAGUACAAAGAAGUACAACAGAUACUGAAGGUGGUUUCUGCAUGUGCUGUAGAGGGAAGUGAGAGGUAGAUGGAGUUGUCAGCCUGGGAAGGUAGCCCAUCUAGGAGAAGGAAAACUUUGAUUCUAAACCUCCACUGCCUUUCAGGAUAUCUGUGGGAGGCUAAAGAUAGCAUCUUGUACACCUCCCUCUGGCAACUCCUGCAGCCAAGCUGGUGUAAAACAUUUUACUCUGCUUUCCUUUGGACCACAUCAGCGAGUUUGAGAGGGGGGUCUUGUCAUCUGGGCAGCCCAGGACCUCCAUACUCACUGACCAGGCUUGCACCCCAGGGAGGUCACUUCAGUGCUGCUAAUGUUGUUUGUUGCAGAGCAAAUGGGGCACAGUUCUUUAGAGUACAGUAGGUAACAAUGCAGUCUUUCCUCUUCUGGGGCCUCACAGCAAAGUUAUUCUCAGUCAUUUGUACUUUUCUUAAUUCUGAAGAGUGAACAGUUGAGUGACAAUGUUAUCUAAAAUAGCAACAGCUAAUUAAAGGGUGUGGGUACUGUAGAAUCCACUUAAUAUCACUCGUAAACUCUUCAAACCUGCCAAUUUUAAAAACAGAAUGUCAGGUAGAAUGUGUGCUGUUUAUUUACUUUGGAAAAACGACUUCACAUAAUGAACAGAAUGGGUUAAGCAAAUACAGAGGAUGAGAUACAGGUUAAUUAGGGUAUACAGCCUUAGGCUGAGGAUGUUCCAAACUAUGAAAUUGCUAAAAACUUCAGGCUUGGCUAUGUUAUGGGUUCAUUUCAGGUGAUUACUAAAUUGAAUUGGAUUUAGCCAGCUCGCUGAAAGCAUCUUUUCUGAAUACAUAAUCAAAUUUUGUGUGUGUGGUGUUGGAGUGAAAAUUGUGCAGUUAUAUGGUAUUGCAUAGAAGACACAGUUUUAAAAGAUUCAAAAAUGAAUUUGAUAGUGAUAUUGUUGACCUAGGUGGUCGGUCUUGGUGUUGUUCAUUCCUGAUAUAAAUUGGUGCCAAAUUGCAGUACAGGCAACUCCCCACUUACACGGGGGUUACGUUCUGGGCCCCAAUACGCAUAAGUGAAAUGAACAUAAGUGAGGAGCAGCACCCUGGAGAGUCCCUGUGGCUUGCGAGGAGACCCUCCUCAGAGCCUGAAGAGGACAUCCUCCAGGGAGGGUCAACUUGCAAGCCGGAGGCACAACGGGGCUUUGUUGAGGCUGCUCAGUCUCCCUGCCUAACAACUGACAUGCAGGGUAGCGCAGCAGCAGCAGCUACCGCUGCUGCUUUCCCACAUGUCAGCUGAGCAGCCUGCAGCUCGCAAGGAGACCCUUCCCGCAGCCCAAAAAGGAUGUCCUUGUGAGCUACCCACUGGGUUCCUAGUGCUGCGCUCAAGUGGGGAGUUGUAUGUACUGUGCUUAAUAGGAUACCAGGGUACUCCAGUAUAUAUGGAGGUGGUAUUGAAGUACCUACAUUUAGAAAAAGCUAUAGGAGAAUUUUAAUAUUGAGUUGCAUACUUUAUCGGUGUUUCUCACACCUGCUGCUUCAAGUGCUAAUAUGUUUCUGACGGAUGCCAAAAUAUACUCUUAAGUAAGGCAUCUGGCUGUUUGUAUGGCUUUAGGGCUCUAAUUUACCUUCUAGAAUGUGAGAGGGAUCCAGGUGCUCUAUAAAAGAAAGACUACUACGGCUCCAGCUCCAUUGUGAAAUGAAUGAUGCCUUUUCAUAUUUGGGAAACGAGAUGCUGUCCAAUUUACAGUUUUAAGUGAUUAAGCCAGUGCAUCCUCCUUGCAGUACCAUACAAUACACUUCUAUGGCUCUUUUAAGACUGUAAGAAGUGCCUGUUGGAUCAGGCCAAUGACCCAUCUAGUCCAGCAUCCUGUUCUUUUGGUGGUCAGUCAGGUGCCCGUGGGAAUCCCAUCAGCCAGACCCAAGAACAAGAGCAUGCUCCCUUGAUGCGGUUUCCAGAAAUUGGUGUUCAGAAGCAUACAGCUUCCAACUGUGGAGUUGGAGCAUAGCCAUUGUGACUAUUAGCCAUUGAUUGCGUUAUCUUCCAUGCAUUAGUCUAAUUGUCUUUUAAAGGCAUCCCAAAUGGUGGCAGUUACUGUGUCUGUGGAAUUCAGACACUAGAAUUCAGUUAUUAGCAAUGUACUGAGUGAAGAAGAACUUUCUUUCGUCUGUUCUGAAUCUUGCAGCAUUCUGCUUCAUGGGAUGUCCCUGAGUUCUAGUGUUAUGGGAGAAAGAGAAAACCUUUUCUCUAUCCACUUUCUAUGUGGCAUUCGUGAUUCUAUACACUUUUAUCUUAUUGUCUCCCAUUCGCAUUUUCUCUAAACUUCAAAGCCCCAAAUACUGCAACCUGACUUCAUUGGGAAGUUGCUCCAUCUCCUUGAUCAUUUAUUUUGGUUGAGCUUUUUGAACCUUUCUAACUUAACAAUAUGUUUUUGUGAGGUGAGGUGGCAAGAAUUGUACACAGUAUUCCAAAUGUGGUUGCACCAUAAAUUUGUACAGCUUUUUUAAUGAACCCUAGCAUGGAAUUUCCUUCUUCACAACUGCCACGAAAUGGGUCAGCAUCUUCACCCCAAGAUCUCAUUCUUUGUCAGACACACCACUAGUUCAGACCACAUGAGCAUUCACGUUAAAUUAAGAUUUUUUUUGCCCUUUAUCUAUUGCUAUGCACUUGUUACAGUGAACUGCAUUUCAUGGUCAGGUCCAGGAGCAGUAAAUUGUGUGUUCUGCUUUUUUUUUAACAGUCUCUACAUAAACUGAACUUGUAUCUGUAUUUUAGUGGGGUGGUGGUGGCAGUUCUGUCGCACACGUGUGUGUGUGCGUGCAGACACAAACACAUGAACUCUUGCGUUAGAAGCUUACUCAUUAAAUUUAAGACUGCAUUUCCAAAUUUGAAAGUAGCAGUUUGGGCAUGUGCAAGGAUGAGCUUCCAAAAGAGAUUCCUGCAGAAAAAUAUUUUGUCUUGAGUACAUGUGAGAUACAUUCACCUCUGGACUAAAGUGGUCUGGUUCUUUUUCUCUCUGUGUGUGAACACCUCUUUUCCACACCAAAAGGAAGGUGUAGGUCAUAUGCUGCUAGAUCAGCCUUUGCCGACCUUGUGCCCUUCCAGGUGUUUUGGAUGACAGAUCCUAUCAGUCCUAUGCCGAUGGGAGUUAGUUGUCUUUUAAACAUCUGAAGGGCACUGGGUUGGCAAAUGCUAUUUUUAAAACUGAUUUAUUGAUUUUCCACUAUCAUAGUAAGUAUUUGUGGGGCACCCCUGCUGGUUUUGACACCAUUAAUGGUGAUGUACCAGUAGUUCAAACUUGGAAGGCUUAGGGGUUGUAUCUAGUAUUAGGCGUACUCAGUCAUGUGCAUUAAUGGAUUUACUGUAACCUGAGUACAUACAUUUCAAUCUGUCUACUCUGAGUAGCAAGUCUAUCUAACCAUUAUAGUCUAAGGCUGGCCAAGCUGACUGAUGCUUCCAAUUUAGUUGAACCGAUAUCUAAACCCAGUCUAGGGCACAUAGGAGACGUCAAGUUCAUUUUUCAAGUUUAUCACAUACCGUAGCAGCAUUCCUCGUGCUCUAUUGAGAGCUAGAUUAAUAGUGUAAAAUAAAACCAGGUGGUGCAACGGGGUAAAGGUCUAAGAAUUGGGGGAUUGGGUGUAUUUGAAUAAAUGUAAUUUUUGUAAUUUGUAUUUUUAAAGACUAAUUUACUUUUAUUCUAAAAUUACUAGAAGAUGUCUGAGGAAUACAGUAUUCAGCAUGUCAGAUUCUGCAGAAAGGCUUUAAUUCAUGAAACGCUUACUGGCUGAAAUGAGCAAAUCUUCUGUUUUUCUUCUAUUUUUAGAGGGAUAAAGCUUUGGGGGUCAUUGGGUGCCGAUAACAUGGUUUUCAGUAGGAGAACAUUAUUUUCCUUUCCUUUAAUGAUUGAUAUCAUUUUUUAUUUUAUUUUUGCUUCAGGCUAGACUUCUUCUGACAAAGAACUCACUCUUGUACUUGAAGCUUUCAUUCUAGUGUUACAGUAGUAGUGUUUUUGGUUAAAUUGUUUUUCAUCCAGUGGCAAUGGAUUUGAGUUUAGGAAAAUGCAUUGCAAAAAAAUAAAACAAAAAAAUGGGUAUGAAAUGCUGAAAGCAGUUGAAGGCACAACUUAACAUUUAAUAAACAAAAGCUGUUAAUUCAUUUUAGCUGGAAAACACAACUUUAACAUCUUUUUUUGUUUCCUAGUACAAUAAUAUGCUGGAAUCAAAAUGACUUCAAUAGUAAGCAAAUGUGUUCUUAAUUUAUAGCCCCAAAUUAAAAUGUGGUGCCACCAUUAAUCAACUAAAACAGCCUUCACCAACUUGGUGCUCUUCAGAUGUUUUAGGCUAAAGCUCUUUUCAUCUCUGAACAUUGGCCACGCUGUGACUGGAGCUGAUGGGAGCUGGAGUCUAACAGCUUUUGGGGGAGGGCACCAGGUUGGUGAAGGGGGGAGCUAAAGCUUUCGGUAGAUUAAUCAUUCAGUAAACCAGUCAAAGCUUGGAGCCCUGAUUAAAACAUGAGUCCUGUUUCAUUUCCACAGAACUUCCCUUUAAGUCAAAAUGCUUAGAAUUCCACCGCCCCUUUAAAUGCUGCUUCUUUUUUUGCUAUUUUUUAAACACUAAACCUUCUUUAUAAAUAAAUGCAGAUUGCAGAAAUGUUUAUAAACAACAACAACAGAUGACUAAAAUCAGUUUCAUGCAGUAAGAUCAAGAGAAUAAUAAAACAGAUCAGCAUAAAAGUAGGGUUCCAGAACCUACCCAAAAGCUUGGGCAGAAUUAAAAGGCAUUGUAGGAGUAUGAUCAGCAAAGCAGGCUCCAGAAAUUAGUCUGGUUGCCACAUUUUGCACAAGCUAAAUUGUGACACAGUUGUGAGCUACAGCAAAUUCAAUGCAUUUUUCAAAACGAUUUUUCCUAAAAAACAUUUUCACAACAUUUUUAACGUGUGUAGAUUCCACCUCUGUCUGCUUUAUUCCAGGGAAUUACCUGAAGUUGUACAAAACACUCCUUCACAGGCACCACCAGAGCAUCCAGGAACAUUUCCAAGUUGCAAGCUUGGUCUUUCAAGGAGAGUGCAACCCUGUCCAGAACAGGACUUUUCAGUAUUCCAGGUAUUUCAUGCAUGGCGUUUGCAAGGAGGGAGACAACUGCCGUUACUCCCAUGAUCUCUACACUAGUCAGUCUGCCAUGGUGUGCAGGUAUUUUCAGCGAGGAUGCUGUGCUUACGGAGAUCGUUGCAGAUACGAACAUACCAAGCCAUUGAAAAGGGAAGAAGUGACUACUGUGAGUCCAGCUAUAAAAACCUACCCUUCAGCUUCCACAGAUGUGAGCCCGUCCCCUGGAACACUUGAAGUGAGCACUGGUGAAACUGAAGUUGAAGACAAAGACCUGGCAGCCGCAGGAGCCAGGGCUGAAGACUGGGUGAAUGCUGUGGAGUUUGUCCCUGGGCAGCCAUAUUGUGGCCGGGCUGCUCCAUCCUGCACUGAAACUCCCAUGCAGAGAAUGGUAAUUGAAGAAGAAUAUGAAAAACAGCACACCAACCUGGAGAUGAAGAAACAAUUAUGUCCCUACGCCGCAGUGGGAGAAUGCCGCUAUGGAGAAAACUGUGUAUAUAUCCAUGGAGAUGUGUGUGACAUGUGUGGCUUGCAGGUCCUCCAUCCCGCUGAUGCCGCACAGAGAUCUUUGCACAUAAAGUCUUGCAUCGAGGCUCACGAGAAGGACAUGGAGCUCUCCUUUGCCGUCCAGCGUAGCAAAGACAUGGUGUGUGGCAUCUGCAUGGAGGUGGUAUAUGAGAAAGCCAACCCCAGCGAGCGUCGCUUUGGGAUCCUCUCCAACUGCAAUCACACUUACUGUCUCAAGUGCAUCCGCAAGUGGAGGAGCGCUAAACAAUUUGAGAGCAAGAUCAUAAAGUCCUGCCCAGAAUGUCGGAUCACAUCUAACUUUGUCAUUCCAAGUGAGUACUGGGUGGAGGAGAAGGAAGAGAAGCAGAAACUCAUUCAGAAAUACAAGGAGGCAAUGAGCAACAAGCCAUGCAGGUAUUUUGAUGAAGGCCGUGGGAGCUGCCCAUUUGGAGGGAACUGUUUUUACAAACACGCAUAUCCCGAUGGCCGCCGAGAGGAGCCCCAGAGGCAGAAAGUGGGAACUUCGAGUAGAUACAGAGCCCAACGGAGAAACCGGUUUUGGGAGUUCAUCGAGGACAGGGAGGGCAGCGAUCCCUUUGAGAACGACGAGGAUGAGGUGGUGACCUUUGAGCUGGGCGAGAUGCUUCUCAUGCUGUUGGCAGCAGGAGGCGACGAUGACCUGACAGACUCAGAGGACGAAUGGGACUUGUUUCACGAUGAGCUGGAAGACUAUUACGACUUGGCUCUAUAGCACCUCUUUGUGGAGUUUUGGACUGCCUGCUCCAGUUUUCAGGCAGUAGCUCUUUUUCCUGUGGUGUUGUGGCAGUGCCUGUGUUUUUUUUUUCCCUCCUCCUAGGCAGGCCUAUCCAUUCCAGGUGCUGCUGUUGUAAUAACUUUUUACCCAGGGUCUGUCUGUCGUCUCCUCUCCCUGAACCCCACCCCACCCUCCUUUCUCCCGGCCUCAAAGCUCCCCCCCCCAACCCCAGGAGUGUGUGUGUUUUUUUCUUCUCUGUUAAACAAAUGACAUGUAAUAAACCUUUAAAAUGUUAGGGGGGUUUUUUUGUAAAAAAAAAAAAAAGGAAUUUAACUGUCAGACAGUUAGAUUAGACUUGUUGCUUCAUAUCUGUGUUCCUGACGGGGAUUCACCCAGUUCCAAGGUUCAAGUGUUUACAGGACUUCCACACUCAUCUUGAAGAGCCCAGAGACAAAUGUGAGAGCGGCAGUUGUGCGGCAGGGGCAGGGAUGGGCAGGAGUGGGCCAAUGGCCUCUUUCCAUUACGGACUUCGGAAACCUUUAUUUUUUACUACUUCAGAUUUCAGGCCAGCGGUGUCGUCUGUUCGUUCUUUUCCCUUGGCUGGCUUCGGUUCCAUUCCAGACCCGACUCCCACCCCAUGUACACGUGUUCAUUUGUGGUUUUGGUCACUUGUUUACUUGCACAUUACUAUUUACUACUGUGUAACCAGAACCAGGCGCGAAUGUUCCGGGUUUUUACUGUUCGGCAUGAGAGGGAAAUGUGGUUUUUUUG